AAAGAUCACACACUUCAUUACACAGAAAACAUUUCUCUAAUUCACAUUUUUCGUCGAAAUAAAAUGGAAGUGAAAAAAAUAUUGAUCUUAUUUUCGCUGAGUUUUAUAUCGGCGAUAUCAAACGAAAUUGAUGAAAAUCUGAAGAGUUUUCCCGCUGACUUCGAAUUUGGGACGUCAACGGCGUCUUACCAGAUUGAAGGUGCAUGGAAUGAAGGCGGAAAAGGAUGGUCAAUGUGGGAUUACGUAGCACGAGCUAGACCAGAGGCUAUUAGGGACGGUAGCAACGCAGACAUCGCAUGCAACUCUUACCACCUUUACAAACGCGACAUCGAGAUGCUCAAAGAACUGGGAGUAGACAACUAUAGACUGUCCAUAGCCUGGCCCAGGAUCCUUCCUUACGGUCGGCCAGAUUACGUAAACCCUGAAGGAAUCGCUUAUUACAACGCUGUCAUUGACGAGCUAUUAGCGAAUGGGAUAACACCUUUUGUGACGAUGUACCAUUGGGAUUUGCCUCAGAAUUUAAACGAGCAAGGAGGUUGGAUUACCGAUGAGAUCGUUGACUGGUUCGGGGAUUACGCUAGAGUGUUAUAUCAACAUUUUGGUGACAGAGUCAAGAAUUGGCUUACGCUGAAUGAGCCUUAUGUUCAUUGUUUCUUCGGUUACGGGCGUGGAUCCCACGCACCAUUGAGAACAUCUCCAGGCGUAGAGUUUUAUGAAUGUGGCAGAAAUAUUCUACUGGCUAAUGCUAGAGCCUAUCACAUCUAUGAUGAAGAGUUCAGGGCGGCGCAAGGGGGCAAAGUUGGUUUGGUGAUCAGCAUGGAAUGGGUUCUGCCGCUUACUGACUCUGACGAUGAUGUCCAGGGUGCUUUAGACUACGCUGCUUACCAUAUCGACCACUACAUGCAUCCGAUAUUUUCUGAGGAGGGAAACUUCCCUCAGAUCGUCAUAGACCGAGUGGCCGAGGCCAGUGCAAACCAAGGCCUAAACGCGUCAAGACUCCGCCCCUUUGCUCAGGAACAAAUAGACUACAUGAAGGGUACCGCUGAUUUCCUAGGCCUGAACCAUUACAGCAGUAAAUACGUGUACAGGAACUCCUCGGUUGAAGGAAGAUACGAUGUCCCUUCAGUGGAAGAUGAUAUUCAUGUUGUAACCUAUCAACCUCCCUCUUGGCCUUCGCAUGGAUUCAUUUAUGAAUACGCACCAGGCCUAUACAAUCUGCUCAUGUAUCUGAAAGACCAGUACAACAAUCCGGUAGUAUACAUUACCGAGAACGGUUUUUCCUCCGAUACUGGCCUGGUAGACGAUGGUAGAGUCCAGUAUAUGAGGAACUACAUGAGGUCCGUGGUUGACGCGGUCGCUGAUGGGGCUAAUGUCAAGGGAUACUUCGCUUGGAGUCUUAUGGAUAAUUUUGAAUGGAGCUUCGGAUAUACCUUAAGAUUCGGCAUGUACCAAGUAGACAUGGAUGACCCAGACAGGACCAGGACGCCAAGAAAAUCAGCUUUGGUUUACAAAGAGAUCCUCAGAAGCCGAGUUAUUGACUAUAGUUACGAUCCCGACCCUUAUGCUGCCUUACCUGACGCCGCCGUAGCUUAUUACGCGCCAGUAAUGUUAAAUUUAAUUGUUUUAUUGUUUAAUUUGUUGAUGUAA